AUGCUCUAUCCCACUUUUCCGGACUUCGAUGCAAAUCACAACUAUCUCCAGAAGUACCAGAACAGGAUAGAACGCGGAGAGUUUCUCACCCUCAACGUCUUCAUCAAGGAGAGCAAGUCACAGCCGACGGUGCCACGAGAUGCAAAGCCCGACUGGACCGUGCGUUUCCCUUACGACGAUGAGGACUUUGAGCCUUCUUCGACUUCGAUUCCCGUCAACGUCACAGACAAGAUGCUUACCAAGAAGCGGAACGUCUGGGUAACUGCCCGCCUCCUGACGGAGCGAGGUGACAGAAUAGCAGAAGCCCACGGCGGUGUUGUCAAGUAUGACAAGAUGAAGGAAGAGACCACCAAGUAUUGGCUGCUUUCAGGAGAGAUCUGCGAAGACAGCACGGAGAGGAAGUAUGGCUCUUCAAAGGAGCCCCUCACAGCCCGGGGCAUUCCCAAGAUGCAGGUCCGGCUGGUCUACGACCGCACGCACUAUCCACGGCCUUGGAAGUACGACCACUACUACCCUACAAUGUAUGUGGAUGAGUUCUGGAUGACCAACGACCAGCUCAUUAAGUUCAAGACCACCGGGGACGAUAAUUUUACCACAGAGAUCCACUUCGGCCUGAUGUCCGCAGCCCGAUGGCGAUUUCAGCACACGAUGGAACACAGCAUCAAGCAGAUGACGCAGCAGUACUUCUCUGGUGAAGAUGAUGAGGCCAUAGUCCAGAUGCGGGAUUUGUUUGCAAACACAAAUUCCUAUCUGCUAAUUGCCACCAUGGUGGUGUCUGUUCUGCAUAUGAUCUUCGAGUACCUCGCGUUGAAGAACGAUGUGCUGUUCUGGCGGCGGACAGAUGCUGAAACACUGAAAAGGUUUGUUUCGCUGCGAGCUGUCGGCUUAGAGAUCGUCUGCAACGUCGUGCUUUGGUUCUACUUGUAUGACCAAGAGUCCAACUGGCUGAUCCUGAUCCUGUCCCUGGGUCAGAUCGGCGUGGACUGCUGGAAGCUCACACAAGUGCUGGAGGUCAGUCUGGCCUGGAAGGGCGUCCUUGUCUAUCCGACCUUUAAGAGCCGAGUGCCCCACUCCAGCGCGGACGACUAUGACAAGAUGGCCCUAAUAUAUCUCUCUUAUAUCCUGCUUCCCAUCGUCGUCGGCUAUGCGGGAUACUCCGCCAAGUACGAGUGCCACAAGUCCGUCCCAGCGUACAUGCUGCACGUAGCUGCGUCUUUGGUGUAUGCCUUGGGCUUUGCACUUAUGACGCCACAGUUGUUCAUCAACUAUCGCAUGAAAUCCGUGGCGCACCUUCCCUGGAGGCGCUUCAUUUACAGAGCCAUCAAUACCUUCAUUGAUGAUCUCUUUGCAUUCAUUAUCAAGAUGCCGACAAUGCACCGCAUGUCAUGCUUCAGAGACGACAUCGUUUUCCUCCUCUACCUCUACCAGCGGCAUAUUUACCCGGUGGACAAGUCCCGAGCUUUCGACGAGGACUUCACCGAGUCUGCCGAGACCGAGGAUCAGGAGUGCAAGUCUGCAUACUCGGCAGUGGCUGCUUUGCUCAAUUCUGCAACUGCGAUGAGUCGGCUGCAAGAGCUGCAUCUGUAUAUCCCAGCUGGCCUCGUAGCACUUCGCCGUGCCGCCAGGAUGCGGGACUCUGUACAGAUUGGCGAGGGCCAUCGGGGUGAGUUGGAUGAUGUUCUGGUACCUCUGCGCCAGCGUGAGAAGGAGAUACGGCAGCUCCGUCUUGAGGUGGACGAGCUCCAGCGCACAAAGGAACGGGACAGCUCGCGACAAAUCCACGGAGCUGUUCGUGCACGAAGCGAACAGCAAAGACGUAUGGAUGAGCUUUCCUGUCGGCAUCGACAGAGGAUAGAGGAGCUCCAGGCCCGGAGCGAGGCGGCUCGGUGCGCGGAGGGAGAUCUCCUUGCCCAGGCUCGCGAGCUGCAGCAUGCCGCGCAGCGCUCCGCUCGCGCGCUGCGGGAGACAGAGGAGGACCGUGCCCGAGCAGAGGUUCGCGCCGGCAGCCUAAAGCACGUGGUGGAGCAGGUUCUCUCCGAUGCUGCCCAGUACAGCGUUGGCAAUGAGGAGUUGUGUGCGCAAGAGAGAGCACUCCGCGACAAGGUCCUGCGAUUUGAGGUGCGAUGCAACUACCUCCGCAGCAAGGCGGACAGCAGUUCGCCCAGCAGCCCCCUUCGGCGAUGGUGGGGCUGCGGGAACCAAGCUGCUGCAGAGGCGGCCGAGAUGCUGCGCACCGAGCAGCUGAGCCAAGAGGUUGAAGACCUGCAACAGCAGUUGCUUCGAGGCAAUCCCGAUGUGCGGCGCCGGAACCAAGUUCUGGAUGUGGUGGCGCAAGGAAUUUCCGAGCUCUCAUCGGAGCUCCUGCAGCAGGAGGCCAAGGAGACGGCAGGUCGGGCGGAAAUGGCUCGGAUGGAAAAGAGCAUCGAGGCUCUUCAGAAAGCCGCUGCACACCAGGUGGCGGAGAUCGCCACUCUGCGCCGGCAGAGCGCCGAGGCAAAGCAGGUGGCAGAGGAGGAGAUGAAGGCCACGCUGGUAUCCUCCGAUCAAUCUCUCCGUCGCCUGACUGCCGAGACAGCCGAGCGCAGGGAGGUGCUGCAGGCAGAGAUCGCGCAGCUACGGAGUAAGUUUGCGGAGUCCGUCGAGUCCGGCACCAUUCCGAGGGAGCCGGCCCGGGAGCCAUCGACGGGCGCCAGAUCUUCCCAAGAGGAGCUUCUUGAGGCGGUGGUUGCGGAGCAAAAGAAGACCAAGGAGGCCAUGGCUCUGAAUGUGCAGUUGCUGCGGGCGGAGCUGCUGCAGGAGCAGCAGGUGCAGGCGCAGAGGGACGAGGAGACCCAGGAGGUCUCGAGAUUGGAAGAAAUGGCUUCACACUUGACCGAUGAGUGUGACGUCCUCUGGCGCAGCGUGACUUUGGAGAAGAGGCGCUCUGCGGAGGCGGCGGCCCAAAGUUGUGAGGCCAUCCUGGAGAUGCAAGCACAGCUCCGGCAGCGAGUUAGCGACACCUUGCCACACGUUGCCGGAGACAGACAUGAAGUUUCAUGA